CCGCGCGGUGCUCGAGUCGGGUGGGCCCUGACGGCGGCCGAAGGCGCGCCUCUCCUCCGCCAUGGCAUCCGUUUUGGAAGGCAAGGAAUCCAAAACUUCUGAAAGAACAGCUGCAGUUGUUGGUCAUUUGGCUGACCUUUUUAAUGAUCAAUUACGGACCACAGUAAUGAAGACUCACUUUCAAGAUAUUAAGAAUGAAAGUGGGGUUGUUGGAAAUGUGAUAAAUCCAACAAAAGCCAGGGGAGUUGCAAAUGUGAGGUUCAAAGGAAAAAAAGAGAAUGUCAACAGAAAACAGGAACGCUGUCAGGUAGAAAAGUCUGGAUCUACUCAGUUCACAGACCCUCAUUUCAAUGAAAAGGUCUUCAGCUCUGUGGAAGCUAUCCUCGAUCUUUCUGUUUUUAGGAGUCAAGUCCCUCUAGAAAGUCUGGUAAUGGAUCUGAAAAGGAAAAUCCCAACUUUACGCUUCAGUCCUUUGGAACCUAAUGGAAGAAUCUCCGUCCAAGGAUCAUUUCUGGCUAUCCAGAAGCUCAAAGAAUCUUUGCUAUUAAAAGCAAGUUUUCUUUUAGAAAAAAACAGGAAUUUUAUCAGUGAGGGGAAAAGGCCGAAUAGGCAGAACCCCAGAAGGCAUCUCCAGAGAAGAAGCUCCUCAGAGUCGCUCAGGUCCUCAGUACCCGAGGCCACCAGGAGAGGAGAAACGCUUGUUCUCGACACAGAUAUUUUCCUCUACCUCAAAAAGAGCAGAUUUUACAAAAACACAUUGAAAACCUGUCGUGUUUUCUGUGAGGAAAGAGUGGAUGGGGAAAUUACCACAAUUUGUAUAAAAAAUGCUCAAGAAUGUUCUCAGCCAAAUAAUGAAAAGGUUGUAAAAGCACUUUUUGAGGAAUAUUCACUUGCUCUUCACUUUGAACUGAGAAAGGAGACACUCACUUUGAAAGGAAAGGGAAGUAAAGAUAAAAGAAAUAUUAAACUGGCAUGUGAACAACUCAGUUCAAGGUUCCCUCAGGUUCAGAUUAAUUUUUAUGAGACACACAUAGAAAUUAUAGGAUCAUCUUCUGACACAAACUUGUUUAAAAAAGAGGUCACGGAAUUAAUAAGGUUAGAAAGUUAGACAAUGAGAUCUCAGCAGUAGUAAUGACAAUGGCAGUUGCUUUUCCUCACAGAGUAGUGAGCAGUGUCUGACUAGCUUUAUACACAUUAUCUCAUUUAAUCCUUGCAACCAUCCUUCAGUGUAGACAUUGCUAUUCUCAUGUUGUAGGGGAAGAACCUAGGAUUUGGAGAGGUUAAAACUCUAGUCUGGAGUUAUCCAGUAGGCAAGGAAUGGGGCUGGGGUUAAACUCGGCUGAUCUGAAUACAAAAAUAAUAUUUAAGGCUUAAAACUUUGAAAAAAAAAAUCUCUUUAAGUUUGGAGAAAUCUCACUUUCUCUGUACCCCCAAAUUCUCAGAAAGAGAAAUAGCCUUAAAUCUAACACAGAAGAUGUUUGGAUGAUUGUUAUGCCUUUGGCCAUUUCAUAGCAUUUACUCCAAAUAGUUUGUUUACUCCAAACAGAAUUAGAACGCUGGCAAAACUCACUGGAGAAUCUACUUUGAUUGAAAGUACUUCUGAAGCAGGUAAUCAUUACUUGACUAAAUCUGAUUGGUACGAGGCUGCUGGACCAUGUGGGACAUUUUUAUUGUUGCUUAUUUAGCCUAAGUACAUACAUAAAAUGCUGGUUCUCUUAGAAUUGUGAAGAAUUACAAAGUAUAGUGUCUUUUUUCUUUAUUCCCCCUUUAUUUUAUAAUUACAUGGCUAAAGUAAUAGCAUUUGAGGAAUAAAAACAUAGGUGUUUCCUUAAAGAUGACAGAAGGAUUUGAAAAUUCAUUACUGGAGAAGGGAAAACAAGAGCUUUUAAGUUAUUUGGUUGUCUAUGACUCCCCUGAAUUUAACUUUGGGAUAGUUUCAAGUGCCUGGGGCACAUUAUCCUAGGAUGAUAAAAUGUAUACAUCUUGCUCAUCUCAAAGUAAAUAAAUGUGGGGGCACCUGGGUGGCUCAGUGGGUUAAGCCUCUGCCUUCAGCUC